CCUGACUGGUAAACAGACGUCAGAAGGGAGUCUUCGCCUCGAGUCAAAAACAAAACAAAACAAAACAAGUGAAAAAGAGACACAAGGGGUGGAUAUUUGAACGGCUACAACGACAGGAAAUUAUACGGGACCUUUCGCGGAUUAAAAAUGACUACUUGAAGGAAGUUAUCGGUGUCAUUUCGCGGACUUUUCCACGGAUAGUAAAACUCUGGAGCAGCAGGAGCUUAAACCAGCUAACGUUACGGUGGCUAUCGUGCUGUUUUCAAAGUGCGGCGAGUGAGAGCGGACAGACCCUACGAGGCAGACCAAACUUCUUCCAACACCCAGGAGUUGUUUUUGUGGUUUGUUUUUGGAGGGACUGUUGGUGGGGGAUCGGAUCUGGGCUCCGGCCCUCGCUCGGGAGGGUUUCAUAAGCGUUUCUUCGAGCAUCGUGUUCCGCGGCAGGAGUGGAGAAACAUGGCAGAUGGUGACAUGCGCCUGGCCGCAAUGUGGCGGAUCGUGCAGACCUGAAGCACGGACUUUUCUUAACGCACAUUUCUUUCUUAACUCCCCGCUUACACACAUUACAACAUUAUUCAACCCGUAGCUAAACGUGCUCUCUUUUUCCUCUUUAAACGAUUUAAAUUUGUAGGUUAUUUAUUCUAAGGGGGCUUUGACGUACAGGCCAAAAAAAUCAGCGCAUCAGUGUUGUGGUUUUUAAAAAAAAAUGUUUUUUAAACCGGAACACAACCAGUAUCAAUCUGUGGUUGAACGAUUUUACACCUGCCUUUGAUUUAACCAGAGUUGUUUGUGACUUUGUGGGGGGUUCGUGUCGGGACAUUUAAAAAAAAAAAAAAAAGUUUUGGUCAAGGUUUUGAGCCUUGACAUCACGUUGUUUACAAGUGGAGACGGACGGGGCUGUCCUGAGAAGCUCCUUUUGUAACAGUAGACAGCUGAUCCCUGCUGGUAGUUUUCAUAGUUUUACAGUUUAAAAAAAAACAAAAAAAAACAAAACGUUUUGAAUAUAUAUAUUCACAAAUUUGGCACGAGCAAUUUCUGAUUAUUUUAUUAUUUUUAAGCCUUGAUUUGUUAACAUAACGACUGUUGAAUGAAUAGGCUACUGUUUACCAAAUUAUUCAAUUCAAACAAUACAAAAUCUGGUUUUUAUUAACGGGAAUGGCUAAAUGUGUAUCCAUAUACUUAUACAUAUACUAAAAUUGUGUCAUUCAUUCUGAGGUUAGCACGAAAAACUGUACAUCCAGAUGUUUUCGUGCGCAUUGCCACCCUGCCACUUUUGUUUUUAUUUCAUUCAAACAAAGGGACUCUCAUCUCAGCCCUCCUUCAUUCUAUAUAAAUCGCAAGGUUUAUGAUAGUUACUAUUAAGGAGAUUAUUUGGGUUCCCUAAUCUCCAAUCUGAGGAUUAACCGAGGCUACUGGUGUGUCCAGAUUAUUACGUCUCUUUUCUAGGCCCCUCUGUUUACAUGCCUGGCAGUGGCUGAAGCAUAUUGUUUUUAUUCUGGAAGUGUUUUUGAAGCAUUGGCCGCACACAGUGAGCAUUACGGUGUAAAGGUAGAUGUUUUAAGGGGUUAUUCUUGUUGGUUAAGAGGAAGUUCAGAGGACUGUCAUGGAGGAUUCGCCAUUGCCUCCGAUUGACCCAGAUUUCGAGCCGCAGAGCAGACCCCGCUCCUGCACGUGGCCCCUGCCAAGACCGGACAUCUCCGUUGUCAAACCGGAGGGCACGGAUGGCGCCGAGUCCGCCGCCGGGACCCCGCCCGCGGACGAGGACAAGCCCGAGCCGCAGCAACUCACCUCCGAGCCUGAGAAGGCUGCGGCAACGGCGGAUGGUGGGGUCGUGCCCGGCGUGGGCGGAGCCGGCGCGACUCCCCGCAAAGGAUCAUCCCGGCGCAACGCGUGGGGAAACCAGAGCUACGCUGAUCUGAUUAGUCAGGCCAUUGAAAACUCACCCGAGAAGAGACUGACCCUGGCGCAGAUCUAUGAGUGGAUGGUGAAAACAGUGCCUUACUUCAGAGACAAAGGUGACAGCAACAGUUCAGCUGGCUGGAAGAAUUCCAUUCGCCACAAUUUAUCACUCCACAACAAAUUCUUGAGGGUCCACAAUGAAUCGACAGGAAAGAGCUCCUGGUGGAUGCUCAAUCCGGAGGGAGGGAAGACUGGGAAAGCUCCUCGCCGCCGGGCUGCCUCCAUGGACAACAGCAGCAAACUGCUUAAGAGCCGCAUGAGAGCGAAGCAGACCAAGAAGGCGGCAGCAGGCAGCCUGGGGGGCGCUGGAGGGGGUGAGGGUAAUACAGGCUCUGGUGGUGCAGACAGCCCUAACUCAUCCCAGCAGUUUCCUAAAUGGGCGGUGAACAGCAGCCCGUCGUCCCGCGGCAGCCUCGAUGACAGCGACAUGUGGACCACCUUCCGCCCACGUACCAGCUCUAACGCCAGCACUCUGAGCGGACGUCUGUCCCCCAUUGCCCCCGGACAGGAGGACGACGAUAACCUGCCUGAGGACUCUCUGCUGGGGAGAUACACAGCCCCCACCCUCACAGAGACCCUGAUGGAGGAGCUGGAUCUAAUCGAUGGCCUCACCUUGAUGACUGGGACGCAGGGAGGAGCCAGUCCCAGCACAGCCCCUCCAGCACCUCCCACCCCACUGCCCUCCGCCGCCACCCUUCUGGCUCGCGGUACCAACUUCUCCUCCUUCCAUCAGCUGCAGCCAUCCAACCUCCCGCAGGCACCCUCCCACUCUGGGACCCAGGCUUCCAUCUCUCAGUGUGGCCCUGGGAGCAAGGAGACUUCAACCUUCAGCAACUCCCUCUUCAACCCCAUGUCCCCCUCCACCUCUCGUGGGAGCAGCCAUUACAGUACCCACGUUCCCUCCAGCCUGGAGGCGCUGCUCACUUCUGACUCCCCACCACCCAGUGAUGUCAUGAUGACCCAGGUGGACCCCCUCAUGCCCAGUCCUGGAGGGGUAGGCCUUAUGGGCAUGGGAUCGUCUGUUGUGAGCGUGAGGUCCAAACCCAACCAGCUGCUGAUGAAUAAGGGCCUUGAGCCAAACAACGUGGCCCCCAUGGCGCUGCAGGCUCAAAUGCAGCCCCAGCAGCACCACCUCCACCACCAGCAGCCGCAGCACCAGUCACACCAGCAGCAGCAACAACCACAGCAGCACCAGCAUCACUCUCAGAUGGGGCUGGGUAUGAUCCUCUCAGGUAUGUCUCAGGACCCUCCACAGCUCUCUACCCUGAAGGCACAUCAUGUCACAGGGCCCGCUGUGGGCUCGCAUCAUGGAGCAGCCGUUGGCUCAGUCAAUAACAGCUUGAGUCUGUCAGGCAUGAGUCCAUUUGGAAUUCCGCCCUGCUUCCAGACCAGUCAGGACCGCCUGCCCACAGACUUAGAUAUAGACAUGUUUACGGAGAAUCUGGAUUGUGACGUGGAGUACAUCAUCAACAGUGACCUCAUGGACGGAGACGCGAUUGACUUCAACUUUGAUCCCAUAAUGCCUGGAGGCCAAGGCUACCCGGGCCCGACCACCACCCAGGGCUCGGCCCACAGCUGGGUGCCCAGCUAAUCUGUCAGCUGACCACACAGUUAGCCAGGAACUAAUCUCCAAUCCAGAUAACCUCACAGAAUGACCGAUGCAUUCCUCCUCCCUGCUGGCUGAAGAUAACUAUUUUUCAAUUACAAUGCUUCUCUCGGACUGUAAAGACAAAACCAGACCUCAUCAGUGUCAUGUGCCAAGACAUGCAGGGACAGGGAGGAGAUUCAGGCUACCAUGCACAAUUUUUUUUUUUAUAAAAGAAAUAACACUCGCAACAGUUUGGCUGCUAGCCUUUUUUUUUUUUUUUUUAAAUCCGAACUGAUGACUUUGGUGUGGCGUAAUGUUUUCAGAGUGAAAAGACAAAUCAUUAAUUUCCCCCCUGUGGUGGAGUAUUUAUUUCAGUUAUGUUACAUCUGAAUAGCUUUAGGGUGGAUAUAUGGUACUUGAUGGCUUUGGUAUUGACUUCUCAAAGGACUUUUAAUGUUUGGAAGAGUGGCCAGUUUUCCAGUAAGAAAAAAAAACUCCCCAGACCAAACACUGUGAUCGCCGGUGCGAGGUGCGCCGAGAAGUUCGUCUCUGUUAUGAAUCGGUGAACACUUUGGUGGACUGUUUACCGUGUUAUGAGCAGGUGGAAGAGAAAGACUGGAUGAAUGGAGAUUUUGCAAAAAAAGUUGGCAGCACAUCUCACCUGAUCAUGGACAAUUUUUACGAACAAUUUUUAUGUUUCUCACUUGCGAGAAAGUGAGCAUUUUUUUUCUCCAAUUAGGUUUGGUGAUUGAACAGUUGAGGACGGGAUGUUUUUGCAGUUUGGCAUUUUUGGUGUUUUGAGGUAGAUGUCAAUUAGAGAGUGUUUUUCUUUUCUUCUUUUUUUUUUUUAUAUCCCUGAUGUGCAGUUAAUCUAACAAAAUGAAGAAAUGUGUUUUGUGAAUUUAUACACAGGGCAUUCAAGGGUUAAUGUAUUUGCCAACAAGUGAUUGGUUGGCUAAGUAUAGUCACAUCUUAGACAGCAGUAUGCCUCCUCUGUCCAAUGCUCUACCUAAUUGUGUUAUUUUUUUUUUUUUUCAUCAAGCCUGUGCAUUUUCAAAGCACUUAGGUUUCCUGCAAUACAGGAAGCCCGAACUAGAGUGGAGAAUAAUCCACAUUAGGUUAAACCAUUUCAUUGAAAGAGAGUUUGAAUCCUGUAAAACAUGUAACGCACAUGUUGCACAUGUACAUGAUGACAAGCUAUGCAGACCUAUCAGGAGUACUAAAUGAAAUCUUGAAGGAAAUUUAAAAGAAAAUCACUUCUUGAAGGGUUUUGAUAUUUAAUAUUUUCCUGAUAUUUUCCUGUGCAGGUUUUUUUUUUUUUUUGAGUGCUUUGUAUCAGAAUAUCCUCGCACACUUUAAUUAUUCAGUACUUCAACUAUUCAGCUCAAGAAUUUAAUUGACUGUGUGACAAGUGCAAAAAAAGAAUAUAUUUGAUGAUAGUUUUAAUAUACAAUUUAGAUGGAGGUAAUAAAUGAGAUAUUAAUACAUAUGAAUAUAUUACUAAUGACAAGUGAUGUUUUUUACAUUGGAAGAAGAAUUUUCAGAUAAUUUCUAACGGUAAAUUUCUAUACUUUUUAUUUUUGUAAAGGAUGAGAUGCAUGUAGAUUUUUUUACAUAACCAAAGGAACACUAACAUUUGCAUGGCAUUUAGGAAGCGCUUAGGCCUGAUCAGUAUCUUGUUGUACAUAAGCUUUGCAAAAGACGCCUGUAAGAAAAAAAAAUCUGACUUUUUCAAGACGAGCAAAGUGCAUUGAUACUUGACCAUUUAGACUACAAUUCCCAAAUAACCUGCCUCAUUGUUUUCUGCAUUCAUUCUGCUACCAAGUAAAACAAAAAAGAGCUCAAAUGCAGCAGGUCUCAGAUAAAAAAAAAAAAGAAAAAGAAAGAAGACUUUUAGUGUAAUCUCAUCUCAAAACGAGACUAAUACAACUGUUACCUCUCAGGGUCGCUCAGAAAGAAACUCAACGGGAAACGAAUUAUGCAUGCACAUGAUCAGAUCGCAUGACAAAAGCUGAAUAACAAUAUUUAUUUUACAUAUUUUCUGUAACUGCUGACUGGAAAUCCAAACUUAAAUGCUUUUGUUUUGUUGUCCUGGAGACGUUUCCGUCGAGUGGAUCUCAAAUUUGACUCCCCUUUUUAGAGAAAUGUUUUCUAGCUCUUCAGCAGCUGCAUAUCCGUACUAAUCUGUCCCUUUUUUUUGACUGCCAAUAUUUAAGACACUAUAGCAUGAGCUUUUUUUUGUAACAAGAUGGACUAAAUCUUGUCAUCUUACCCACUUUGAAAUAUUGUGUUUGCAUUUAAUUACUUUGUUCAUAACUUUAUUGUGAUUACGAAUAACAUCCCUGCAGUUAAACUCUUGAUAUUCAUCAUUUCACUGUAGCUUUGUGAAUAUGUUAGCCUCUGAUUUGUAUAAAGCACUCUUUUUCUUUCACAUUUUUAUUUUAUUUUUAUUUUGAAUGGUGCUAGAUGUCCUCUGUGAUGUAUCCUGGAGUACGCCAUCAUGCAAAGUGGGUGCAUAUCAGGGCCUUUUGAAUAUUCUGUAUACAGAACAAGGAUCUUGUUUUGGUGUUGAACGUAGGCACACAAUCAGCAGUUCUUACAUAUACAUAUAUGUAUGUGUGUAUAUAUGUAUGUAUAUAUAUAUAUAUAUAUAUAUAUGUAUAUGGAAACAUAACCAGCAUGUUUAAACUGCAUGAUUAUUUUCUUAUUACUCUAUACCAUAACAUGUAACUAUUUUAGAAAGUUGUAUAUGCAACAACCUCCUGGUGUUAUAACUUCCUUUGUAUUCCCCCUCUGUGAUUAUUACUCUCUACAUACAUUUUCUUCGGUUUUCUUAAACUUCUUAGUUAGUCACUGUAUGUUUGUUUUGACUUUAAAAAAUGCCCCAUUUGAUACAGCAUUUUAGUAUUUGGUAAAGGGUGGGUUUUUUAUACUUUAAUUCUUCAAUAGCGGAGGAUGGGUGGAUAGGGAAUGAUGAGUUGUGCAUAAGCCAAUAAUGUUUAUGAUUUUUGAUUAAUGUUGAUAGUUUUUUCUUUAUUCCCCCCAGUCUUUUUUUCUUUCUUGUCUCACGGUUAAGAGAUGACACCGUUCUGAACAGCAGAAAUAAAUUCAAUAAACUGUUUAACCCAC